AUGGAAUGUCUUCUGGAGGCUGAUCCACCACCAACAAUCGCUUGGCAACAUGCUGGAAAUGUCAUUUCGCCAUCGGCUCGAGUCCUACAGGUCCUCAGCCCGAUGGGAGGCAUUCUCUACAAGGCCAACCUGAUCAUAAAGGUAUGUCCGCUGAUUGAAAUUUGA